CCGGGUGCCACAACACAGCGCUCUGCGCUGAAGACGGCCAAUUGUCAGAAGUGGAGGACCAGUAGACUGAAAACCUAAUUCCUGACUGUUCAUCCUCUUCGCUGGACGAGGCGGUUUUCCCAGUGGACAUGCCUCCGCCUGAUGACUUCAAACAGUUCCAAGAUGGCUUCAAGCGAGUGGCCCAGUCCCAGGAAAUCCAGCUAACAGAAGUGCAAAUGAAACAGUAUCGACUGCUAAAAAAUCUGCACCCAAGGCAGAGUGCAAAAGUUGCCAUCCGUAUUGAUGAAGCCAUCAUGGAGGCGGCAGAGAUCAUCUGGCAGACACCAGUGUCGGUGCCACCGACCUGCAGGAGAGCAGACAAGAAAUAUUUUGUCCCUUCCAAGAAUCUCGAGUUCCUCUUUAACCACCCACAGCUGAACUCAUUGGUGGUAGAUGCGGCACAACAGCGGGCCAAAACACCGCAGUAUAAGGCAACACCAGAUAUAAAAAAGCUAGACCUAUUUGGCAGAAAAAUAUACUCCUCUGCAACCCCUUGCCACUCCUCCCAGAUCUUCUCUCUCAGAACCAGGGGCCCUGCUAUACCCCAGAUCAGAGACCCUUCACCUAACAGCGUAGCUCCUAGCUGGUUCAAAGUAGAGGAGCACUUUUGUUCAGAGGCAGUGAAGACGGUACUAUUGAACAGUAGAAGAGAGACUACGAGAAGGACUUACCUGGAAAAAUGGAAGAGAUUCAUGGCUUGGUGUAAGAACAGUGACAUCGAGUCACACUUGGCACCAAUGCAUAAAAUUCUCGAUUUAUAUCCUCUCUCUCGACCAAGCAGGUCUCUCUAUCUCUACCCUGAGGGUACACCUAUCAGCAAUUACCGCCUUCCAUGCAACCAUCGAUGGUCAGCCCAUCUUUGCUCACCCCUUGACCAAGAGAUUGCUUAAGGGAAUAGCAAACCUCAAACCCACUCACAGACCUGUACCCCCCGCUUGGAGCUUGGAUUUGAUCCUCGACAUGUUGAUGUAUCCACCCUUUGAGCCGCUAGCCACCACAUUGUUAUCUAUGCUUAACAUGAAGGUGGUAUUCCUAUUGGCAAUCACGUCCGCCUGUAGGAUGAGUGAAUUGGCAGCAUUAAUGGCAAUACCACCGUCCAUGGUUUUCAACAAGGACUUGGUCACAUUGCAUACUCAUCUAGCCUUCAUCCCUAAAGUCACGUCACAAUUUCAUGUCAACGAACCUAUCAUCUUACCCAUCUUUUAUCCAAAAUCACAUGCCUCUACUUGAGACGCAUUACUCCAUACCCUCAAUGUACAUCCAGCUAUAGCUUUUUAUAAAGACAGGACACGGAUCUGGUGCAAAACCAACUGCCUAAUAGUAUCCAUAGCGGAUCACUCCAAAGGCAACCCAUUGUCCUCCCAGCUUCUUUCCAGGAUCAUAGUCUCUUGCAUCACCAUGUGUCACUCAAUCUGCAACAAGCCCCUUGAGACCCUACCUAGAGUACAUUCCACUAGGGCAGAGGCAACAUCCACGGUGUUGGUCAAAGGAGUCUCACUGCCAGAAAUCUGCAGGGCAGCCACAUAGUCCUCAAACUUAACUUUUAUGAACCACUACGCAAUAGUGUGACAGUGGGCACUUGAUUCCUUGGUGGCCUCAGCAGUACUUUCGGACAUUGACAAACCCGAACUCCAGGAAUGCAACAUAGGUACUGCUACAAAGUCACCAUGAGUGGAGCACCCAUGGGGGGACCACUCAAAGAAGAAGUUGUUACUCACCUUCGUGCAGUAACAAUGGUUCUUCCAGAUGGGUCCCCUUGGGUGCUCCA